AUGUCUACCAUAUUCAGGCGAACACCAACGAUAACACCUCAGAUAACCCCCGAGUAUUUGAACUACAACGAAGGACCCAAGUUUGUUGCCAUUGUUGCGACGCUAGUUUCAGUAGCACUUCUCAUCUUUCUGCUACGAGUCUACACCCGAGCGAGAAUCCUCCACUUCUUUGGCUUCGAUGACUGGUUUAUGCUCAUCGCUGCGCUCUGUGCAUCUGGACUCUUAAUAAUAUUCAUUGCGCUCACACGGCUUGGUUUUGGAAAGCACACCUCAGCGAUCCCUCUCGAUGACCUAGGCAGAAUAAGUAAGUGGCUAUGGUGGUUUAGUCUGGUCUACAUUAUGGGUGUCAGCUUCGUCAAGCUAUCUAUCGCUUGCUGUCUCCUACGGAUUAUACAAAGGCCCAAUUAUCGAAGAUUCCUGUAUGGAAUGCUUGAAGUUCUUCUAGCAGUCCUGACCUUAGCGUGGUUUUUUACCUUUAUUUUCCAGUGCGUGCCUGUUGCUGCCGCUUGGCAUUCUUCUCUCCGACCUCCACAUAUUACCGAAGGGAAUGCGCGGUGUAUGUCCCAUACUACGUAUAGAGACCUUGGUCUUUUCAACAGCGCGAUCAAUAUUGCCACCGAUGUUAUUUUCGCAACGCUUCCAAUUCCCAUAAUUUGGAACCUCCGCGUCAAUUUACGCACCCGAAUCUCUUUGAUAGUCAUUCUCGGGCUCGGAUUUCUUGCUUGUGCUGCAUCUCUUGUAAGGAUGCUCAUGAUAUACCACAUUUGGGAACACCCUGAUCCAUUCGCGUAA